AUGGCUGAGUUCUGCAGCCAGGCCAUGGUGAGAUAUGGGCAGCUGUCCUUGGAGAAGGGAAAGUGGCAGGCUGUGGUGAGUGAGGCACCACUGUACCCAGACUGGGUGCAGCAGCUGGCUGAAAUACUGGAACCCAUGUGCUGGAAUGCAGUGACCUAUGAUGAUGUGCAUGUGAACUUCAGCCCGGAAGAGUGGGCUUUGCUGGACCCUUCCCAGAAGACACUCUACAAUGAUGUGAUGCUGGAGACCUUCAGGAACCUCACUGCUAUUGGUUACACUUGGGAAGGUCAAAAUAUUGAAGAGCAUUCUCAAAGUUCUAGAGGACAUGGAAGCUCACAGCAAACACAUGUCAUUUUGAAAGAUAUGAAAGAAGUUUCAUAG